CCUCUCAGCCCCGCCCCCGGGGGUCGACCCGCGGCGACGGCCAUGGGACCCGGUUCUUGUGCGGCGCGGCUGCUCCGUGCGGUGGCGUGGACCCGUGCCCCGCACCCUGCGGUCGGCCCGGGGUUGAGCGCGGCACCCAGGUUUCGGCUCCUGGCAGUGGGGCAGCGUCUGACCAGACUAACGCUCGGCCAAGCCUGCCUGAGCCCUGAGUGUGCGCGUCGCCUGCACUGUGGGCCGGGGCUGGACGAGCAGACAGUCCCCGAAGGACGCCCGGGGCCGGGCCCCGCAGAUCAUAACGGUCCUAAGUUUGACAUCGAUCUGCUGGUUUCCCUUCUGAGGCAAGAAAAUGCAAGAGACAUUUGUGUGAUCAAAGUUCCUCCAGAAAUGAAAUACACGGAUUACUUUGUGAUUGGUAGUGGAACUUCCACCCGACAUCUACAUUCUAUGGCGUACUACAUUGUGAAAAUGUACAAACACCUAAAGAGUAAAAGUGAGUCUCACGUCAAAAUUGAAGGGAAGGACACUGAUGACUGGCUCUGUGUGGACUUUGGCAGCAUGGUGAUUCAUUUGAUGCUUCCAGAAACCAGAGAAACCUAUGAAAUAGAGAAAUUAUGGACCUUACGUUCUUAUGAUGAUCAGUUAGCUGAGAUACCACCUGAGUCACUACCUGAAGACUUCAUUCUUGGAACAGAAGAUGACACUUCGUCCCUGACUCCAGUGGAGUUCAAAUAUGAAUAAAAUGACUAUCUGUGUUAAUCA